AUGCCGGUGGAGGUGGUUCAGUUCUACUGCAAGUAUAAUCUAGAUCUCCUCCAACAACUCUUCAAGGAAGAAAGAUGCGAUGCCAAAUUGAGAUUGGACAAAUACAUUGUCGAGCAUGGGUUGAUCACGACCAUGACCACCUUUGUCAUGACAAAUCUGGGGCUAAAAACAAGAAUAAGUGAGAGACGCAUCGCAAAAUAUUGA